UGAGCCUAGGAUGGCUGAGUCCGGCUCCUUCCCGCUGCUGGUCCAGGGGUCUUGGGGCCCCGACACCCUGAAGAACUUGAGUACCAAGUUGCAGAUGUACUUCCAGAGCCCAAAGAGAUCCGGCGGGGGGGAGUGUGAGGUCCGGCAGGACCCCGGGAGCGCGUCCCGCUUCCUGGUGCUCUUCCACCCGGAGGACUUCCGGCAGAGGGUUUUGGCAAGAAAGAAUCACGAGUUAAUAUGGCCAGGAAAAGGAACUUUCAAGUUAACUCUCCAGUUGCCCACAGCCUCAGAUAAAGUCCAUGAUGGUGUAGAAGAGAAAAAUUUGACUGAGAGGUGUCAAAAGAACUGGAUAUAG